AUGCUUCUCGACUUGGCCUGGAUCUUCUUACUGGUCACCAAUUCGAUCGCCUACAAAUGCCCAUCGACCAACGAAUCGCUCACCUGCCAGGGGCGGCUCUGCUAUUUUUCGUCGAAACAGACGGCUGAGGGCCUCAUCCAAUGGGCCGAUUGCCAUGUCCCACCUCCAUUAGUGCGACCACUGGGCGUAUGUGCGGAUACGAUCGCGUCAGCGGCCAACGAUUCCAUCCGCAAUGUCUGUAUUGGUCGAGUUGGCGAAAAGUUCUGUUGCUGCCAGGGCGACGACUGCAACAAGGGGCUAAUCACCAGGCACGAGUAUGUUGGCGGGGACCUCGAUGACGUUCGACACUUGUGCUACGCGAUUGGCAUUUUGGGAUUUUACUGUCUGGUGUACUCGCUGCUGUGCUACAUGCUGGGCGACGACAGGGGGAAGCCGGAGCUACAGUUGCCACCAAAUUACAGCUGGUUCCUCAACGGCAUCUACAUCAUCCAGGCAUACUUUGAAAGCAUAUGGCCCAUUUUUGUCAUAAUCGUGGCCCUCGUGUGUUGUGCCAUACAACUUGCCCCCCUGAAGCCGGAGUGCUCUCCGCCGGAAUAUGGACGAUUUGUUGUACCACUGGAGCCGCUGUUUGCCCUGGGAAAUUCAGCAACGAUCGCCAUGCUUCUCGUGGCCGACGUCUUCUUCGCCAUCGCUCGCAUCAGACAGACCGAAUAUUUGGCAAAAACCCAACGAUUCCCCUUUACGGCGGCCAUCGACCAGGUGCUCCAGAUUACCACAAUGUUCGCCUGGAAUUCAUUGCUGAUCUACACGACCGUCGAUCUGCACGAACUGUUUGUCGACGGUCCGCACUGCAACUACGACACCGCCCGCAAUGUAUUGAGC